GUUUGCCUUUACUUGUGCAAAGAACAAUUGCAAGAACUAUAGUACUUCAAGAAAGCAUUGGUAAGGGUCGGUUUGGAGAAGUCUGGCGAGGGAAGUGGAGAGGAGAGGAAGUUGCUGUGAAGAUCUUCUCUUCAAGAGAGGAACGCUCGUGGUUUCGUGAAGCAGAAAUUUAUCAAACAGUUAUGCUACGUCAUGAAAACAUUCUUGGAUUUAUAGCUGCAGACAACAAAGACAAUGGCACAUGGACUCAGCUGUGGUUGGUGUCAGACUAUCAUGAGCAUGGAUCACUGUUUGAUUACCUGAACAGGUAUACAGUAACAGUGGAAGGAAUGAUAAAAUUAGCUUUGUCGACUGCCAGUGGUCUUGCUCAUCUUCAUAUGGAAAUUGUUGGCACACAAGGCAAACCAGCGAUUGCCCACAGAGACUUGAAAUCAAAAAAUAUAUUGGUAAAAAAGAAUGGAACAUGCUGCAUUGCAGACCUAGGAUUGGCAGUUAGGCAUGAUUCAGCUACAGACACAAUUGAUAUUGCCCCAAACCACAGAGUGGGAACAAAAAGGUAA